AUGGAAAAUGAUGAACAUUUUCGCGGAAGGAAGAACCGCUGCUAUAAGCUGGCUGUACGAAGUGUUCGGAGAGCUUUUGUGAAGUCUACAAAGGCUAGAAGAGAGAAGAAGAGAUUCCUAAGAGCGCUCUGGAUCACUAGGAUUGAAGCAGCUUCACUUGAACAUGGUUUGAAAUACCCAGCUUUCAUAAGCAAUCUGCUUAAGUCCCAGGUGGAGCUGAAUAGGAAAAUGAUUGCCGAUUUGGCUAUUUAUGAGCCAAAGACAUUCAAGUCCUUAGCUGCCUUAGCCCAGAGGAGGAGACAAGAAGGCUUCCUCGCUGCCCUGGGAGAUGGAAAAGAACCAGAGGGGAUAUUCUCACGUAUUGUACACCGCUACUGAUAUUAGAAGAGUCUGCAGAUACGUGUAAACAGGAACUUGCAUUGCAAAGUAAACUCGCUCACUCUCUGCUGCUGAGAUCGUAGCUGGGGAACAAAAUCGGCUAAGGAUGGUUCCAGAAGGAGGAGGGGGUGGGUCCGGGUGCGAAGCUGGCGCCUUGACGACUUUUUCCCCUGUGGUGGAGUGACUGAAACGCGUCGAGUUGGAAACCGCCGUUCGAAGUUAGCAGGGGUCAGCCAGGCCUGUGGAAGUUCCAGCGUUAGCGCCAGGCGCAGCGCGCGUACACGUUCUGUUCCGCCAAGGACCUAAUAAAGGUACUUUUCUGGUAACCGCU